UUUAACGGCUGGAACUUUGAAAUUUCAAACAAAAAUAACUAUCUGAACCGACGGAGUGUUAUUGUAGCUUAAUUUUUAAAUGAAAUGUAACUAUCAGUAAAAAUAAUGGAUGCGAAUAAAUUCGUCGCAAACUUGAAAGCAAACGGCGUGGAAAGUGAUAAAUAUGAUUUAGCUAAAAGUUAUAAUGAGUACUGUGAAAUAUUAAGAAAGUUAUCUACAAAAGAUAAAAACUCGUUUUCCUUGAACGUGUUGUGUACAUUGUGCAGAAAUUUAGAAAAAGUGUCCACAUGGCGAGAGAGAAUCGACAACAAGGAACUCUUAAGAUUGACAAUAGAAUGUGUCAGACACACACGCACUCUGGAGGGACCGGAGCAAGUUAAGACGCUAGCCUGUGUAUACCAUGUACAUAAAUAUGUUAUUAAGCAGAACUCUCCGUUGCCACCCGAACUUGUACUGAAGUUAUCUUUCAUGCCGCUCGAAUACGAACAUGACAGCUUACUCAAGGAAUAUUACAAAACGUAUUGGAGCAUUAUAGCUGAUCGACUCACUUAUAUAGAGAAGUUAAAAACCAAAAGAAUGCCAGUAUCGAAAUUGUUAUCAAGACUGAUAGACGAUGUCGUUAAAGUUGUAAUGAUAUAUGAUACUGUUCUAUUUUGUUCAACUUUAUUAGUAUUCCUCGUUAAAAAACUUCAUUACAUCUACAGCGAUUUGGCAGCGAAAGAACUCAAUGAAUCAUUCAGGAAGAUAUUUGAAUGCAUAUCCAAUAAAGAUCUCAAACCAUUUAAAAGUUUAUCCGAGAAAGAGGCUCUUGAUUUAUACGUUAAGUUUAACGACUGCUUAUACAUUAUUACAGAGAAUGCUUCGAAGAUUCAUUUUAAGGAUUCAGUCUUAGAUUCUGUGACGAGGGUCUGUAUUUCUUUACUCGGCCACCGAUCUGAUAUAUUCCACUGUUUUCAAACAUACUUUUUGAAUUCAUUUUGUUUCAUAUUUAAAGAGCAAACUGACGUUAACUUAAUAGAAAAUAUUUUUAAUAGUCUGUGUAUGUCGUGCGAAAUGACUGAGAAAUUAGGCUAUAAACACACUAUGCAUGCAACAUAUCCAUUUAUGAGUCAAUUACUGAGGUUAUUCAUUGAGUAUAAAGUUAAUAAUCUCAAUAAGAAUAGUUUUAAUGAAAAUAUAAUUCAAAGUAAUAUAAAAUUGAUGUUGGUUUUGUUGGAAAAAUUAAAGAAUACCAACCAAAUAGUGAAAUGUGAGAACUGCAGCGUGAAAUCUGGCUUGCAUGAUGGAUUACGUCUGUCGUUCCUCGUAAAACAUUUCAUAACUAUGUCAAUGAACCAAAAUAUACCAAUGAUGAAUAUUCUAACCACCUAUUACGCCUUGGUUGAACAACAAUAUGUAAUACUGAAAGAUUUAAAGACACUAGGGUGUGUCAAUCAAGAGAAAUGCUUCAGGAAACUCCAAACUGACGUACACAAUACAGCGAUAACGUUAAACAAAUCCCAGUGCUACGAAUAUUCGAUAAAGUUAUUCGAGAUUUAUCUUCAAAAUGAGUUGAAUAAUAUUAAAAGUGACGUUGAAUUGAAGAAUAUCAGCCGAGCUUUGUAUAAUAAAAGUAUUUGUGAGCUUGAGUUUAAAAGCUUUGAGGAAUCAUUGAAGAACGCAUACUUGAGUUUAAUCUUCUCGUUACCCGAAGGUCUUUGUUCGGAGAAGUUCAUGAGUUUAGUAAUGGAUAUUAAGGCGAAAGCUUUGAAGAGUGUGACGGAAGACGCUGAUAGUGAAAGCAAUGAAUUACAAAUCAUGUCCGUCUUAGAAGUAUGCAAGUCGUUGUAUGAUGACAGCUGUUAUGGGGAUUUGAAGCCAUUUAUGAAGAGUUUAACAUUCAGCGCCCUCUUAAAACACGAGUUCGCGAUGUACGUGAAGCUGUGGCCGUCCAUCGUGCCGAUCGCCGGCGUGUGGAAGUCUCUGAACGAUUUGGUCAACGGCAAACAUCAAUGGGUCAAAGAUGAAAGCAAGGAAACAUUACAAUGGACGCUCUUCGAGAUAGUCAUGGAGACGCCGACGGCCGUGCGGACGAUACACGACGACAGCUACAGGGAAAUCGUCAAGCAACUCUUGGAGCACUUCGACGCCAAGCAAGCAAACACCUUCCAAGAGACGAUAGUGCACGCCGCCCUGAUGUGCCUCCAGUCGGAGUACGACAUCGCGGAUGCGAGUCAGAAGUACGGGUGGAAGGUCGCGGAAAAUACGCUCGACCCGGAGCAGGCGGAGGUGUCGCGCACGGUGGAGCAGGAGCAUCGCGCCGUCUCGCUCGCACGCCGCGCCGUCGCCGCGCUCUCCCGCGCGCUGGCCGCCGCGCCCCCCCGGGACCGCGCCGAGACGUCAGCGUCCCUCGUCCGACACGGCCUGCAGCUGUUCCAGGUGUCGACGCAGCAGCUGCUGCUCCUGCGGCGGCUGGGCGACGGGCUGCAGCUGGCGCACGCGUGCUGCGAACUCGCCGAGCUCGUCGGCGACGAGGAGGCGCUGCUGCGCGGCGCGGGCCGUCUGCUGCGCGCGGCGCGCUCGCGGCGCCCGGCGCUCGACGCGCUGGCGUGGCGGGCCGCGCCCCGCGCCGCCGCCCUGCUGCGCGGGCCGCGCUGCGUGGACGCCGCGAUCGCCUUCCUGUGCGAGCUGGCGGUGCGUGCGAUACUCUUCCAGUGGCGACCCUGCGACGCGGGCCGAGGAGCGGUCUCGUUGAUUUUGCGAGGAAGCGUAACAAGGCGGCUGUUGCAGAUGUACUGGAGCCGCGGCGGGGCCGGCAGGGGCGCGGCGGCGCGGCUGCUGCGCGCGGCGCAGGCGCACUCGCUGCGCGCGCACGCGCGGCACGAGGACGCCAACCUUCAAUUGUCCACGGGUCGUCUGAUGGAGGCCCAGGCGCUGCUCAGUCCCGACUCGGGUCUGAGUAAGCUGAGUGCGGUCAACGGUCUGCAGCGUCACUACCUCGCUGCUUCCAACAAUUCGCCGCGCUGGAGCGGGCGGCGCGCGUGGGCGCUGGCGGCGCGGGCGGCGCUGGGCGGCGCCAGCGUGCGCGCCGGCGCGCAGGGCCGCGCGCUGCGCUUGCUACGCCGGGCGGCCGCGGCCGCGGCGCCCGCGCUGCCGCGCUGCUCUGCGCUGCGCUGCGCGCUGCUCUACGCGCUGUGCACGGACGCCGCGCGCGCGGACGACGCGCAGGUCAAAAUCGACAAUCGUCUCAAAUACAUCCUCGGGCUGCGCUCGUCGAGCGACGCGUCGGUCGGUCGCGCGGAGACCCCGAAGCGCGAGGAGUUCACCCCGCAGCGGGAGCAGCUGGAGUCCAUGCUGGACAGCAUGUUCAAGAGGACGCAAGUGAGCCCGUCGCUGCCCUGCACCGCCAUCCCGGCCUCCCGCACGCCCGCCUCCCUGCGGCACCCGCGCGCCUGCGAGUGCCACGCCUGCGCGCUGCCCGACUGCGCCAUAGUCGCGUGCCUCAUCUGUCAUCUCGAAGCCUCGAUGUACUAUCGGGCGAAGGAGUUCGAUAUCGCGCAGAACUACUUCGACGGCGCCACGAAAGCCUUCGGCUUGGCAGAGAUUAAGUUGAAACACAUCUUUGAUGACUACGGCCAGAAAUACGACGAGACAGUUGUCGAAAUAACGAGAGAAAUUGCCGAGAGUCACUUCCGGAGCGUUCAGCUGGAGUUCUUGAUAGAGUUGUGUCUCUUCGAACUGUCCCGAGGUGAGAUCGGAAAGUCGGACGACACGUUGAUAAGGAUCCACGAACUCGUAGCGGAUGAUAAGAAUAUUGACGUUUACUUACAAAACGAAAUCUCAAAUCUCAUGGUGGCCUCGGCGCAGUUGAGAGAAAGCACCAAGGUGCCCAAAGAAACGGGCUUAGAGAACGAAUUGGAAAGCCUCAAGUUAAGCCCCGUUGUGCUCGCGGAGCCGCAGACGACACCGGAAACAAAGAACGCUGUACCAAAAACAGACACGGUUGUCGUAGUCAAAGCCGAAGAUUUACCAAAGAAACGCAAAGUCAUCAAACUGAACUUUGACGACGUGAGUACGGAAGAGAGACAGGAGAAAGCUAAACCCAAAAAACAUCAAUUCAAAAUUCCGGUUCCAGUGACUUCCAAACCAGUUUUGGAGAAGAUGACGCCCAGACCGACCCGGUCUAGACCGGAGAUAGUAAUACAGCAGCCGUCCAUUGAUCAAUCGUUCAACGUAUUCACACCGAAGUCAGAAGAAAAUGGGGAAUUUUUCACACCUUGUCAGUCCACUCCGGCCGAACAGUUCUUCACUCCGAUGACUUCAAUGAAAACUUACUCAAAACGUGUUGUUAAAAAUUUGGAAGCUGAAUUUUCGACGCCGAAAGGCAAGGAGAACUCACAGGUGGAGAGCAAACUGCGCUCGAGAUCCAGGGUCGAAACUGGGUCAGUCCAGGGUAUUAAAGACAAGAGGACGCUGAAAAGAGCGACGAGUCCUGGGAAAUUGCCGCAAGAGAAACCAACAACGCGCUCGAGGAGAAUAAGACAGCCAGUGCUGGAUGAUAGGAAAUGAAGCGUCCCAUUUGAAUAAGAAUAUUGAAUUUACUAAGCACAUAGAUGUAUAAUUACAGUUUACCCGGUUCCAAUCGAAGGAUAAAGAUGCGAUUUGCUAACAGCUCUAUCAUUUUACUGCAAACGGUUCUAGAUUAAUGUAUAUCAAUUUGAAUACAACACUUUUCCACUUGACUUGACUUCCAAAGUUCAUAUUGUCAAAAACGCCAUAUUGUCGCGAUUCCGUAAUGAAUAUCAUAGAUUAUUGGAGAUCUCGACCAAUGACAUCGCGUCGAAUCAAUGUCAGCUCUUUAUUUGUCUUCAAUCCUCUCAGUCUGAAUAAAUUUUAGUAUUAAUUAAAUUAAUUUUCGUUAAGUUUUAUUCAUCUGAAUUUGUUGUGAAAAUUCGAUUACCGAUGUAAUUAUAUAUGGCAGUCAAAAUUAAAUUAAUUUAUAGAAAAAGUUGUCAUCUUGAACAAAACAUACAUGUAUAGUAACAUACGUUUCAUCUUCUCUUUGGAGGCCUUUAAUAAUUGCAGUCCUAACCACUGGAGUACGUGAGUGUGCUAAAUGUAAACCUAUCAUGGCGACAAUUAUGUGUCAGUGGUCUUCAGCCAUAUUCGACAUUUUAUAGCAAUUGUAUAUCGGCUGCGCCGUUGGGAAGUUUAGCGACGAACAGUAAACUUAUGUAAUGACUUAUGUGUAA